CCGGUUGCGAAUGUAAACAAAACAAUGCAUUGAAAAUGCCGAAAGCCACCAAGGAAAAACGAAAUCCUGGCCCAUCCACCUACCUAGACGUUUCAAGAUUGCCGUUAAAGGAACUUAACAAUUUGUGCAACGCUAAUAACAUCAACAUCAAAUAUGGCAAGAAAGCAAAAAUUAACAUCCUUUCAAAUAAACUUUCUAUCACAACCACAGGAAAAAAAAAAGAACCUGCAGUUCCACACUUAGACAACCACAAUUUAUCUAAAGAACAGCUGAUUGAAUUCCAGACCCUUACUCCUGCCCACCUGGCAACUUUGAAGGAAUGGACAAAAGAUCUCGAAAAAAUUCCUGAUGUGGAUGAAUCUAUUGUCAAAAAGUACUUGUGCCAGACUAGGGUCAUUGGUCUAUCAGAAGAACGAAUGUAUAAAUUAACUAGACCCUAUCAGUUGAAAGACUUUGUACAUUCAAUGCUCAUUCAUACCAGUCCAGCUCCUGGCACAUCUGACAUGUCUGAGAAUACAUUUAUAGCUGUGCAGGCUCAGUGUAAUGCAUCACAAAGUUCAUCCAGUGACGACGUGAAGGUGGUGUUCGCCAUACUGGAUUCAUUAACUGGCCAGCCUCAUGGAGGGUAUUGUACAUGCACUGUUGGCUUCUGUCAGUCAUGUGGCCACAUAGGUGCAGUACUUUUCCAGUUAGCAGAUCUAGUGGCAUCAGGGUUUACACAGCUUCCCAAUGAUCCAUCAUGUACAGACAAACUUUGCCAGUGGACCAAUCCCAAAGGUUCAAAUGUGCCUCCAAAACGUUUGGAUGACAUCAGGGUGAAGAAGAAGGCAAUCACCACUCAACGCAGAACACUUGACGAAUACGGGGCUAAUGUUUUGCCAUCAAUGGUAUCCAAGCAGCCUAGCUCUCAGUUGAUCCUCAAGCUCAGGGACAAUCUUUACCAAGCAACGCAACACCUUGGACAGCAUGUUCCUGCUGUCAAUGUUUUAACACCAGAAAACUUUAGUGACAGCAGGAAUCCUACACCACCACCUCUUACUGUACUCCCAGACAAAGCAGAUGCUCUUGAUCCUGCUAUACUUCCAGCAAGGGUAGAAACUGUAAAAACAAAACCUUUGCCAAUUGCAUUACACCAGGGUUUAAAUUUUUCUUUUUCUGACGAUGCACGCGCUGAAAUUGAAGACAUCACGAAGGGACAGAGUAAUAAUGUUGAAUGGUUUAAACAGAAGAUGGGUAGCCUUGGUGGCAGUAUAGCUGGACAAGUCUUGCGCCAUGAAAGAGGGGCUAAAAUAUCCACUGAGCGUCUUGUGAACCAAGUUAUGGGCUACAGGUAUCUUCAAACGACAAAACCAAAAAUGGCUAACAAAGCUAGUCUCAAAUAUGGCAUUGCUUCAGAGCCAAAGGCCAGAUUAAGGUACACAAAGCAUGCAAAACCCCAACACAGAGAUUUCACUGUGCACGAGUCAGGGCUUGUUGUUCAUCCAACAAAGUAUUAUAUAAGGGCCAGCCCCGAUGGUAUUGUAUCUUGUUCAUGUCAUUCAAGGAAACUCCUUGAAAUAAAGUGUCCAUCCUCAGUCAAAGACCUGGACAUAGCAACAGUGCUCGGGGAAAAUAAGUUGAAAUAUCUUGUCAAGAAUGAAAAUGGCACUACUGAAUUAAAACAACACUCUUCAGAUGGCUAUUAUGCUCAAGUUCAGACUGGAAUGGCUGUCACAGGAACAGAAGCUUGUGACUUUGUAGUUUACACAAAGUGUGACAUGCUUGUUAUUACGGUGCCUUUUGACACGAAGUAUUGGGAUGAUGAGCUUGAACCAGCAUUAACUAAGUUUUUCACAAAAUACAUUGUUCCGUUGAUUGACAGGCAGGGCAGUGUUGAUGAAGAAUAAGCUAGACUGGAGUGUUAGUUGGCAAUCUACUACUUCGGUUAGGCACUCAAAAACAGGUGUUAUUGAAUGGUCAGGCGCUGAAGAUCAGCAAGUUAACUAUUUCUUAAAGGGACACUUAUGCCAUGCUUUUGAAUGGGACAGAUUUGAAAUCGAACCAGCUGUCAAUAUUUACAGAUUUCAAAUUUGGUGUGGGAAUUGUAGAUUUCUAGUCAUAAUAAUCUUUGUUGUCAAUUACUUUCUGAAUUCCUGUAAUGAAUGGGAUCACAGAUAUCUAGUCAUAAAAUUUCUAUGUACCAGAUUUGUUGCGGUGAGAUUUGUUGUUUUGGUCAGUGUUCACAAUUAACACUCGUAUGUGUGGGAAUUGUAGAUUUCUAGUCAUGAUAAUCUUUGUUGUUGUCACUUUCUGUAUUCCAGUUCAUAGAUGAUUGGGAUCACAGAUAUCUAGUCAUAAAAUUUCUAUAUGUACCAGAUUUGUUGUGGUGAGAUUUUGUUGUUUUGGUCAGUGUUCACAAUUUACACUUGUAUGUGUCUGAGUGACAAAUAUUCAUGUGUCUGAGUGAUUUAUUCAUUCUAUUUAGAAAAAUGAAUAAAAUCAGAUUUUUAAAA